AUGUCCAACCUCACAACCCUCCCCACCCUCACUACCACCGGCGGCCCCACCUUCCCAACCUACACCUUCACCAACUCCUCCCUCUCCAGCACCCACAUCCGCACCACCACCGACACCCACGGCGACGUCGAGACCAUCACCGACAUCACCGUCGUCCAGCCCACCGACGCCUCCAGCACCACCAGCACCACCAGCACCUCCAGCAGCGCCCCUCUGGGCACCAGUGCGGGCGAGAAGGUGAGGUUGGGGAUGGGGGCUUGGGUUGUGGCGCUUUUGGCGGUGAGUGUGGGGAUGGGGUUUAUGUGA